GAGAGACCCUCAGACAGCAGGACUGAUCAGAGAGGGAGUGAGAGCCGACAAUGUUCAGUCAGAGUGGCGGGAACAGAGAGAGACAGACGGAGGAGAAGUCACGGAUGAAAACAGAUCAAAAAGAAAAGAAAGUUUUCUGCUGUAUCAUGGCGGGCUCCUCCAACACACCUCUGUCCCGGACCUCCACGCCGCCCACCGACCCUCUCUUCCACUCUGACCCGCCUUACAGCGCUCCUAAUCCGGCCGGUUCCCAGCGCCUCCCCGCUGCGCGCCCCUCCGGAGCUUUCCUGAGCGGCGGGAGCGGCAGAGUCCCUGUCAGUGUGAACGGGACAGGCGGCGGCGGAGGCGGCGGUGCUCCCCCGCACACCGAGUGUAAGAUGGUGGAGGUUCACGGUGUGAAGGUGGCGUCGUUCACGGUGAACGGCGUGGAGCUGAUCUGCCUGCCGCAGGUGUUCGAGCUGUUCCUGAAGCACCUCGUGGGCGGACUGCACACCGUCUACACCAAGCUGAAGCGGCUGGACAUCAGCCCGGUGGUCUGCACCGUGGAGCAGGUCCGCGUCCUGCGGGGACUCGGUGCCAUCCAGCCCGGAGUGAACCGCUGCAAGCUCAUCACCAGGGCCGACUUCGAGACGCUGUUCCGGGACUGCACCAACGCCAGCUCUCGACCGGGCCGUCCUCCGAAGAGGACUCUGGGCGUGGCCACGAUGGCCGAUGGCUCGAGACUCCUCCCACACGGUCUGCUAAGCCCCACCCUGCUGUCACAAACAGGUCUGACAGCGGCGGCGAUGGCCGAAGCUCUGAAGCUGCAGAAAAUGAGGAUGAUGAUGGGUUUCCAUGGAAACAGUGAUCAGCAGCGACAUAACAACGGAGUCGAGUCUGAGAACGACGACACAGGAGGCAGUGAAGGAUCCUGGGAGAGGGAGCAGUGUCUCCUCCCUCCUCCCUCCUCAGUUGUAGCGCCUCCUGCUGGUUCAGCAUCUCUCCACCUCAGCACUCUGCAGCAACACAGCUCCCUAUUGGCCAACCGUCUGUCUGACAUUCCUUUUAUGGUCCUGCCACACCCCCUCCUCCCUGUGGGCCUGCCCCCUGCCUGCGUUGCCAUGGCGAUGAACCAGACGAGUCAGCUGAGCAGUUUGGCUAAUGUGGCUGUGUCACAAGUCCAGAGAGAAGAGGACAAGGAAUCUCCUCCCGGAAGCCCCUCCCCCUGCCCCUCCCCUAGUGAUGAUGAGCUUCAUCCACUGGAACCAACCAGCCAAUCACCUUCCAGAGCAUCAUCAUCGUCAUCAUCACCUCCUCCUCCUACGCACACACCAGAGCUGGGUGAGGUCGCUGACGACAGUAAAAAGGCGCUGAAGGACACAGAUGACAGCCUGUUGCCCCUCCCCCUCCUCAAACCGACCUAUGGGAAACUGCCGCUCACCUCUCAGCCACUGUCAGUCAAUCAUAUGAACCCCGCCUUUGCCCCAUUCCUAUUGGCAGAGGGUCUGUCGUCCAUGGAGACGCUGCUGACCAACAUACAGGGUCUCCUGAAGGUGGCGGUGGACAGCGCUCGCUCUCAGGACAAACAGAACCAGCUGGAGAGGAAAGAGUUAAAACUGGAGCUGGAGCGAGAGAGAGACGCUCGACAGAUGCUGCAGAGACAGCUGAGCUCCGAGCUGCAGACCAGAGUGUCGAUCCAGAAGAGGCUGAAGAAAGAGAAGAAGGCGAAGAGGAAGCUGCAGGAGGCGCUGGACUUUGAGUCGAGGAGGCGAGAGCAGGUGGAGCGAGCACUCAAACACUCCGACUCCAUCACAGACGCUGUGACUCCGGACAGGGAAGAGGAAAACAGACCGCAGGAAAACUCUGCCGCUCACGAGAACAGAGCAUUUGUCAAACCUCCACUCCUCUUCUGAUGAACUGAUGGAGGGAUGAAGAGGAGGAAGAAAAAGGAUAAAACAGAUUCAAAAAGCAAAAGACGAAUCAAAAACCAGAAGGAACAAAUUCUCAAAAUCCCAUCAGCCACCUCUCUGUGCUUCCAGUUUUACAUUUGAUGAUUUCUUCUUCUUCUUCUUAUUAUUAUUAGUAGUAGUAGUAAUAUUAAUAGUAGUAUUAUUGUUAUCAUUAUCAUUAUUAUAGCAGAGUUUGUGUGAAUGGGGCUGACAGCCUGAAGUGGGAGGAGCUUAAUCUACCUGUAACAUGACCACCUGUGAUGUUAUCAGGUGCAACACCUGGACCUGGAGAGGACUCUUUCCUUCUUUAAUGGGCCCAGAGUCCUGAGCCUGGUCUCUGCUGAACAUGAACUGGUGAGGUGAGACUGAACUUGUUUUAAAUCCGUCUCAAAGACUGAACUGGCUUCAGCUGGAGAAAAGGUUGUUCCCACCUGUAAGGGGCGGAGUCAAACCGAACCUCUUUCAUAAAUGUGUGUUUAAAACUGGAUUUAGUUGAAACUAAUGGGUGUUGUGGUGCUGGUUCUACCUGCAGUGGCACUGGGUUUAGGAUUCACUGUAAAAAGUACCAGGUCUUAACGAGCUUAACGAGCUUUGAGCCCCUGACCUCGUAAGUGACAUCACAGGUCGGACAUGUUUGGGAGGUCAGGUCAAAUAUAACACGUAUCCAGGUUUAACAAGCUUAACGAGCUUAGACAUCAGACUCCAAAGUUGAAAUUGUCUGAUCACAGACGUGACGUCACCUUUAACGAGGCAGCAGCCAGUCGUCGAUGAACUGUACAGUUUUAUCAACAUAAUUAAUAAUCUUAGGUUUUCUACCUGGUUCUACAGACUCAGAGUUCAACCUUUAAACCUGAAACAGAAGAAGAAGAAACUGUUUCUACACAGUCCCCACGUCUCUGCUAAAUCUGUACUGGUUACACUGGUUAGACCAGUUUAUGGUUGUGUGAUCUGAUCCUGUGGUUGUACAACCUCUGCCAUCCCAGUAGCCAUACUGGUAGAACUGAUUUCUGUACUGGUGAAAUUGCUACACUGGUGUAACUGUAUCUGGACAAAUUGGCCCCAGUACUGGUAAUGGUUUCUGGACCAGCAUGUACAGGGUCUAACUGGUACGUCUGCCAGUUUGUGUACUGGUGUGACCAGUGUAUCUGAGCUG